AGGGCGCUCGUGAGCUCAAGUUUGUUGUUGUUCUGUGCUUGCCAAUAAAGUUUAAGUUUUGGCGGACAGAUCGCAAAAAUGGCGGAUGGCACAUCGAAAUUCUAAAAUUUCCCAAAAUUUGACUCUAAAUCAAAAAGUGACCCAAUAAAUGACGGAUUACUAAAAGAUUCAAGCUUUAAAGUUUCAAAAAUGUUUCUUAAAGAAGAAAACUCACGGAGAUUUGGGUGCAGAUGAAGAAGAAGAAGAGGCGUCUGGACUUCAUUUAUGAUUCGAACAAACCAGGUCCAGAUCCUGUGUUUGACCCCCCACAACCUCCUGUUCUGGACUGUCCAGGCCACACAUUCAUAUUGUGACACGAGACUCUCCAUUGUGGCUAUGCAAAGGUUUGCAAGAACCCGAGAAGACGGUCCGGUCCGGUCCAUUUGAACUCCUAAGACUCAGAGAAGAGUCGUCCUUCAGCUUUUUCAGCAGGUGUGAGGUGUUCACUGCCCAAGAAAGAAUGGUGUGAGAAGCUGGAAGCUGCUGUGCACAGAUCCAGACAUCGAACGUUUGAGUCUCCAGGAAACUUCAAAGCUUAACCAGGAGUCUGAGCGAGUGUGAGCAUGAGGUGAAGGACAAUGGUCCACCUCCUAUCCCUGCCUCCUUCUGUGGGGUCAUCGUGGUUUGUAGGAACAGGGAGAGAGCUGCCACCAAGUGGACACAUGGCAUCACUGCUGGUCAGGUUCUCAGAUUCUUCGUCCUCCUUGCAGUGGACAGGAGGUGCAUGCGUCUCCGGCAGUUCCAGAAAGAAGCAGACCACACGAAGAAGCCACCAAACGCCUUUCUACUUCUGCAAAAGAAGCAGAGGUCAAAGGUCACAGCAUCAGAGGUUGGAGCUGUUUGUUGAUGGAUGGAUCCGCAGUGGGGUUGCUAUGGCAGCGGCGGCUCCUCCUCACGCCUUGCUGCUGUGCUGGCUGCUCCGAACGGCUUGCCUGGCGUUCCCAGAGGAGCCCGGGCCGCUCAACUUCAUCCCCACCGAAGUGGUGAGGAGAUAUCCGGUGUUUCUGGGACGGCCGCAUCGGACGUGGCUGAGACACGAGCCGCUGCACAUCCAGAGGAUCCUCCAGGUCAACCGGACGCUCUACAUCGGUGCCAGGGACGACCUUUUCCGUGUGGAGCUGGACACCGUCGUUGAAGAGGAGAUGUUUUACAGCAAGAAACGGACCUGGGAGUCCAACAAGAACGACAUCAAGAUCUGCCGGAUGAAGGGCAAACAUGAGGACGAAUGUCGAAACUUCAUGAAGGUGCUUCUCCGCAGAGAAGGAGGCCUGUUCAUUUGUGGGACCAACGCCUUCAACCCACUUUGUGCCAACUAUACCGCAGACACGCUGGAGAUGGUUGGAGACUCGCUGAGCGGGAUGGCGAGGUGCCCUUACGACCCCAAACACGCCAACGUGGCUCUGUUUGCAGAGGGGAGUCUGUUUACAGCGACGGUGACGGACUUCCUCGCCAUCGAUGCGGUGAUCUACCGGAGCCUCGGGGACAGUCCCGCUCUCCGCACCGUCAAGCAUGACUCCAAGUGGUUCAGAGAGCCGUACUUCGUCAGUGCAGUGGAGUGGGGGCCGCACAUCUACUUCUUCUUCAGAGAGAUCGCCAUGGAGUUCAACUACCUAGAGAAGGUGGUGGUGUCCCGCGUGGCCCGGGUGUGUAAGCGCGAUCAGGGCGGGUCUCAGCGCGUCCUGGAGAAGCAGUGGACGUCCUUCCUGAAGGCCCGUCUGAACUGCUCCGUACCCGGGGAUUCACACUUUUACUUCAACCUGCUGCACUCCACCAGCCCCAUCAUCAGGAUGCACGGCAGGGACAUCAUCCUGGGGGUGUUCUCCACCCCGGCCAACAGCAUCCCCGGCUCCGCCGUGUGUGCCUUUGACAUGGAGCAGCUGGCUGCCGUGUUCGACGGGAGGUUUAAGGAGCAGAAAUCACCCGAGUCCAUUUGGACGCCUGUUCCAGAUGAAGUCAUCCCAAAGCCGAGACCCGGCGGUUGUGCUGUUCAAGGGUCAAAGUUCAACUCCUCCAACUCGUUCCCCGACGAGAUGCUGAACUUCGUCAAGACGCAUCCUCUGAUGGACGAAGCCGUGCCGUCGCUGGGCCAGCGGCCCUGGAUCGUCAGAACCAUGGUCAGGUACCAGCUGAAUAAGAUCGUGGUGGAUACGGAGGCGGGGCCUUACAGGAACCGCACCGUCCUUUUCCUGGGGUCCAACCGGGGCACCGUCCUGAAGUUCCUCAUCAUGCCGAACCCGGACAACACGGUCACCAGCAGCAACGUCUUCCUGGAGGAGCUGGAAGGGUUCAACCCCGACAGGUGUGCCGUGGACUCUCCGCAGGCCCGGCAGAUGCUGUCUCUGGCUUUGGACCGGGCCAGCCACACUCUGCUCCUCGCCUUCCCGUCCUGCGUGGUCCGAGUUCCCGUGGCCCGGUGCCAGCUCCACUCCCGCUGCAUGAAGAACUGCAUCGCCUCCAGGGAUCCGUACUGCGGCUGGACCCGAGGAAGCACCUGCUCGUUCCUCAGACCUGGAACCAGGCUGCCGUUCGAGCAGGAUGUUGAACACGGAAACGUGGCCCACUUGGGCGACUGUGACGGAAUGCUCCUCCAGGAGACGUUCGUGGAGGAGCCCGAUGGCCUGGUGUCCGUGAACCUGCUGGUGGUGUCUGCAGUCGCCGCCUUCUCCACGGGCGCCAUCCUCUCCGGCCUGACGGUCUGCUGGAUCAUGAGCCACCGGCACCGGCACUCCCAGGGCUCCAGAGCCGGCGCCGCCCGCCGCAAGAGCGACAAGGAGCAGAGCAUUCUGGGUCAGGACCGCAGCGGGUCGGUGAUGAGCGUGACCAGAACCAGCGGCGGGGAUCGCCGCCGCUCUCAGCCAGACGCCCACUUCAUGAUGCCCAACGGCUGGCCGAAAGGCGAGAUGGACCCGGGGCUGCUGCCCACGCCGGAGCAGACCCCCCUGCAGCAGAAGCGGGCCGUGCGGCUCCCCGACGGCGACUGGGAUCAGAGCCAGACCUUCCUGGCCUCCGUGGCGCCCUCGUGCCCCAACAACGCCGUCAUUUACCUCAGCUCCAAGUACCUGCACGGAGGUGGGGGGGUGGUGCGGAUAGACGACCAGGGCGAGGUGGUGCUGCCCCCCCACACAGACCGCCAGCGCUACCUGAUCCUCGCCACCCAAAGAGGCGAGCACGGCGGCGGCCGCCCCACCACCCUGAGGAACUCGGCGGGCGAGUACAUCUACCCCGCCACGCCGCAGGAGUCGCCUGACCGGCGGCGGGUGGUCUCCGCCCCCACGCCCCACAUGGACUACGGGGAGCCCCGCUGGAGUCAAGAGGCUCUCAACUACAACGGCGUGCCGUACGGCGCCCAGCGGCAGGGCCUCAUCCGGCCCGACGUGCACGGCCCCCGCGGCCUGGCUGACCUGGUCGACUUCAGCCACCUGCUGGGGAAGAACCUGGUGGAGCGCUCCCCCAGCGGCCAGUGAGAGGACGCCAGCAGUGACUGAAGCCCCUCCCACUGUCGACCUUCAGGUGACGGGAAGAGGGGGAGUCUGCCAUCCUUCAUCAGCUGUGCCCCCUCCCUGAUUGGUGCCAUGACGAGACAACAGAGGGGGGGUCCAAACAAAAGAGCCAUCCUCUGAACGGGACAGUUUUCUAAAAGAUGACUGAGAAAGCUGGUCCUUAAACCCCGCCCACUCCGCCAUCUUUAGUUUGUUUGUAUCAUCCAGCAGACAACAAUGUGCUGAGACUGAACCGCUGUAGCUGUGCCAGACGACCCCCCCACCAGCAUCCGUCUUACUGUUACUGUGAAGUUUGAAUCAGACGAGGAAAGACGGUUUUCCCAUUUCUACUUGAAGCUCUGUGUUGGCCAAUCAGACGUCUGAGGAGUUGACCAGAGCUCAGACUCCAGAUUAUGUCAAGGAAAGCAAUAAUUAGCAACCAACAGCUGACGAUGAAGCCAGUUUACUAUUUUUCUAACCUGGAUGUGUGAGGCGGGUGGAGACGGAUUCUUUGGGAUUUCCGUUCCUGUGGAGCUCCGCCCACUCGGGAGCUGCUUUGGUCUCCUCUGCACCACACUGAGGUCUUGUGUCCGGCAGCAGGAGGAGACUGCAGCAACAAACAACCGUUAAAAGUGCUGCGCCUUUCCCGCCUGAAUCUCAAUGAGCGUAAGCCACGCCGGCCGGCACGCCGUCUCCUGUGGCUGAGCAUCAGCGGCCGACCUGGAAAGGAGAGCGGUGAGGCUGAGUCGGGAGGGGGCUCCAUUAGUGGUCAUCCCCAGUGGCUGGACAAACAAAAGCGGGCCGCAGAGAACAGGUGGACGGCGGCCGAUGGGAGUGGCGUUCCUCUUUCAGCUCUUUGUCUGCUCCGAUGGUUUUGUGCGUCCUUAUCUGUUCUGGAUUCAGGUGGAGAUGUGUGGAGCUUCGGCGGGUGACGGUGGCGUGAUGCUUUUGUGUUACAGUCACGUAAGAUCGUUGUCGCCGUCCUGCUUUUCUCCAUCACCCUGACAGAGUGCAGGUAGAAAACAACAACCUGCAGGAAUCAGUCCCAUUUUCAGGUCUGGGUUUGAUGUUUCCGUUGAUCUUUCUCAGAAAUUCCGUACAUAAAUUGUGGAUAAUUCUCCUCAUGCUCGUCACAUGGUUAUUAGGGUUCGUUUUAUGAGCGCUGGUGGUGCCAAAUUCCCAAACAGAGCCAGAAAAGAAGCGAAUGGAAACAGAAGAAGCUUCAGACAAUCUCAGAUCAGAGAAACGAUAAAACUGGAAAACCGGAUUAAUGAACUGGAACCUGAAGGUUACUUUUUCAGAACUUGUGUUUUAAUCGUUUGCUGUCAUGAAUUUGCCUUCAUUGUCUGCAUUUUUUAAACUUCCACAUCUUUCAAAACCUAUUUUUGAUUUAUAAAAGUAGAAAUGCAUCUUAUUUCCUGUGCAACAUUUUUAUUUUUCUUCUUUUCCCAUCAAAUUCUCUCAAAUAUCCUAUUGAUGCGGUUUUUAGUCUAAAUAAAUCCGGAUCUUUUGCUUGAA